AAUUGGUUUCUAUUUUUUUUUGAAAUUGUUAAUAGAAAAAACGUUAGUGUUCUAAGAAAAUUCACUUUCGUGUAACAAACAAAUAAUAUAGUUAUUAUUAAUUCACAUUGAUUGUAAGAAAUCAUCAUCAUGUAUAUAAAAUAUGAAAACCAUUCUUUCAUUGUGAGGAGGAUUUGAUCAUAAGUCAUAAUCAUAAGUUGGCCAUCAUGGCAAGGAUAUCAAUAUUACUCUGCCCCUCCUAAUUCCUAUAUUCUAAUUUUUCAAGUAUCUGCAGCAGUGAUUUUUUUAAACUUUAGUGUUUUUUUGAACGUUUGUUUUAAAACGUUUUUGCUUGUAUAAUGUAUUAUUGAAUUAAUCAUGUGAAUAACUGUACGUUUUUUUUAUUUUCUGUUAGUUAUUACUUAUUUCACAGACAUACACAGUAUACACCAAAAAUGACAAUUUCUGUGAUACCUAGUCAAAAAAAAAAAACAUUAAUUUAAGUCAAAAGUUAUAAUAUGUUGAAUAAUGAAUGCUAAAGAACGUGCACGUAAUAGAUGGAAAUUAUUGGCAAAUACAGUCAGUAAAAAAUGUCAAGACCAAAUAUUUGCUUCACAAAUAAGCUAUGAUCUCUUUAAUAUUGAAUGCAUCAAUACUGAAUGGUCUAAAUAUUCUUCAUGUGUUCAAAACAAUAAUUUCUCAGCAAUUGUAUGUCGAUCUCCUAUAAUUGUUACGCCUGAGGAACUUAUGGGCUUUAACAAUACGGGAAAUGUCCGUAUAUGGCCAUCUGAAGAAGUAUUAGCUUAUUAUGUACUAUCAAAUCUGGAUUCGUUCAGAGAUAAGACUGUACUUGAGCUGGGCGGUGGUAUGAGCUGUUUGGCUGGUAUAAUGGCUGCUCUAUAUGGUUUUUGUAGCGAUGUUCAUUUGACAGAUGGAAAUCCAAAUUCUGUAUACAAUGUUGAGCGUAUACUUGAGAAAAACGUGUUCACAACCAAAGUUACUUGUUCGGUGUUGAAAUGGGACCAAAGACCUGCAAACAUUUGUCAUUACGAUGUCGUACUUGCCGCUGAUUGCCUGUUUUUUGAUGAAGCUCGUGACGAUUUGGUGCAUACUAUUGCAGCAUCAUUAUCAUUUGGUGGAGUGGCAUUGGUUGCAGCACCAAAACGAGGGACUACUCUGUACGAGUUCAUAAACAUGGCACAGCAAGAGGGUUUGAUAUGCACUGUACAACAAAACUACAACACUCUGGUAUGGGAACGUCAUUCCAAACAGGUUCUUUACAAUCCAUCGUAUGAUGCUGAUUCGCAUUAUCCAUUAUUGAUAAGUAUUACCAAAACGACCAAAAUUAUUGAUUGCCAAUUUCAAUAAAAUUAUUAAGAAAAAUAUAUGUACAUCGGUAUUAAAAUAUUGGAUCUGACAAUUCAAAAUUGUCAGUAGAUAAAUACUUGACUUUACUAUAUUGAAAAAAAUCACAACAAUGAUCAACUUCUGGACAUCAAUAUGUUUUAAAUGAUGUCUCCAAUGGCAGAUCUAUAUGAGAGCAUAGUCAGAUCAAUUACCCACCCCCUUCCUACUGUAGUGAAAAAAAUAAGUUUUGAGUUUGACUCUUUCAUAUUUUAGUUGAACAAUACUGUUAUUAAGUUAACAUUUAGAAAUGCGUUGAAAAAAUUCCAAUACAAAAUAUAAUAAUACAUAGUAUUUUUUUCUCUUAUCAUACAGUCCUCCCACACAAACAGUGGCUUAUAAGUGUUAUGAUUUUUGAUUUUUGUUUGUUAAAUAACUAUAAAGUCUCCACUACCAUUUUCUGGAGUUGGAUCCAUCCAUGGAUUUUUGUAGUUAUAAUCCAAUAGUUCCAUUUCAGUAUUUGUUUAUAGAUUUUAUUACUAUUAUUUUUUUAAAAAUAUUAUUCCUUAAAACUAUUACUUACCUGGCUACCUACACAAAAUACAAUAUACCUUGUAAAUUUUAAUUUUGAAAACAAUUUUUAUAGGUAUGUCAUGCUUUCAAUCUGAGUCAAACUGAACCAUGUUAUAUUUAAAAUAUUGUAGAAAGUUGAAAAUGAUAUUAUUUUUUGUUGUGUAGUUCCAUUACUUUAAUUAAAUUUUAAAGAUUCCUAUCCUAAACAUGAAUGUUAAUAUCAAAUAGAGUUCCUAGAGCUUACUUACAAAAUCUUUUAAACAGGGUGUUGGUUUAUUCGAAUUUUCUAUUAAAACAAAUUAUAUUUAAUGUAUAUGUUAUUCUUAAAGUUGCCAAUAAUUGAAAUUUAAUUUCUUACUUCAUUGUAAAUUUUUUUAAA